AUGGCUGACGCUAUUACACUCGCACGCGAACGUCUUGCGGCCAAGUUUGGCGACGUCCGUACGGGCGGCAAGGGCACUGUACGCCGAAAGCGCAAAGUCGCGCACAAGUCGGUCGCGAUCGACGACACGAAGCUGGGCGUGGCUCUGAAGAAGCUGGGUGUGGCCCCCAUCCCUGGUGUGGAAGAGGUGAAUCUCUUUAAAGCUGAUGGACAGGUCAUUCACUUCCAAGCACCCAAGGUGCAGGCGUCGAUUUCCUCCAACACGUUCGCCGUGAGCGGCUACAACCAGACCAAGACGCUCCAGGAGCUGCUUCCAGGCAUCAUCAGUCAGCUUGGCCCGGACAACCUUGCCAACUUGAAGCAGAUUGCUGAGUCGUACACAGCUGCUCAGAAGGCUGCGUCCGCUGCUAAUCCGGACGACGGUGACGAUGAUGAUGUGCCGGACCUAGUCGACAACUUUGAGGAUGUUAGCCAACAAGAUUAA